AUGCUCUCUACAAUCGCACCACAACCACCCACACUACAGGAGCCUCGGUCUAAAGGCGAUGUCACAUUGCCUUUGGAAUCCCAGGAGCCUUCGACAAUUGACGAACUUGUUCGCCAACGUGCAUCACUUGGAGCCGCACAGCCCAUCAUCUCCUAUCCGAGCACCGGCAUCGAAUAUGUGGACUAUCCACUGCAGCAACUGGAUGUCUUCGCAUUCCGCGUCUCCAAGGUGCUAUCAGAUCGCAUUCCGCCUCGGAAGUCGUCAACUGAAACCCCCAAAGUCAUCGCUUUAUUGGGACCAUCUGACCUCAACUACCUGGUGAUGCUGCUUUCCCUGGCUAAGCUGAGUCACAGUGGACUGCUCCUAUCAACCAGAAUAUCCGUGGAUGCAUACGUCUCGCUACUGGAAAAGACCGGGUCGAGACAUAUUUUCAUUCACAGCUCAUUCCGAGACACCGCUGAAGAUAUCAAGAAGCGGGUACCUGAGCUUGUCAUUGAUGAGAUUCCGACUGAGGAAAACUAUCAUUAUCCCAUUACAGAGGAUGUUGACACGAACCUGGUCCCACACCUUGACCCGAAAAUCGAGUCCAAGCAUAUCGCAUGGAUUAUUCAUUCCAGUGGCUCGACUGGACUUCCGAAGCCUAUUUUCCACACCCAAUCUGCUGCACUGAAGAAUUACUCGGGACAUAUGAACAUGUCCGGGUUCGUUACUUUGCCGCUGUACCACAAUCAUGGAAUUAGCUGUCUCUUCCGGACAAUUCACGCUAAGAAACAGCUGCAUCUCUACAAUGCCAAUCUUCCAUUGACCAGGCAGUAUCUGCUCGAGAUUAUGGGAUCGAAUGAAUUUGAAAUAUUCUACGGUGUCCCUUAUGCGCUGAAGUUAUUGGCUGAGACACAGGAGGGAAUAUCCGCUUUGGCUAAGCUUAAGGCCGUCAUGUUCGGAGGGUCAGCAUGCCCGGACUCUCUAGGAAACUUGCUAGUCGAGAAUGGUGUUCAUCUCACCAGUCACUACGGAUCAACUGAAACCGGUCAGCUCAUGAUGUCCACCAGGCCUCGCGAAGACAAAGGAUGGGACUGGCUCCGCCCCUCUGAUUAUGUCAAGAAAUUCUUGAGAUUUGAAGAGCGCUUUCCGGGAGUAUUCGAGCUAGUGUGUCUAGAUGGCUGGCCCUCUAAGGUCAUGACCAACCGACCCGAUGGCUCGUACGCUACCAAGGACCUGUUUGUCAAGCAUCCCACCAUGGAGGCAUACAAGUACUAUGCUCGUCUGGACGAUACAAUCAUCCUAUAUAAUGGAGAAAAGGUCAACCCACUUGACCUGGAAGGACGAGUCCGGCAGCGCAGCACUGUUGCCGAAGCCAUUGCGUUCGGAGCAGGCAAAGCUCAGAUCGGACUGGCUGUCGUUCGUGCACCUGGCACCGAGUCACUCUCCGAUGAGGAGGUCAUUGGCAGCAUUUGGCCAGCUGUUGAGAAGGCUCACGAGGCGCUACCUGCGUUUGGACAACUCUCGAAGAAUAUGGUCCGAGUGUUGCCUGCAGACACUCCCUACCCUCGGACUGACAAGGGCACCAUCAUCCGUCAAGCCUUCUACAAGAACUUCCAACCUCUGAUUGAAGAGGUUUACGCCGCUGUGGACGCCAUGACUGGCACGCUAGUUCUGUCUGAGCCUGAACUGAGGAACUUCCUUAAGAAGCAAAUUCUGCAAAUUCUGCCCCUUAAGGACACCAGCCUGUUGACAGAUGACGCCGAUUUCUUCUCACUGGGCAUGGACUCCCUACAAGCCAGCCAACUACGCACUGUGCUCGUCCAGAACUUGGACACCAAGGGCCAACAACUUGGGCUCAACAUUGCCUUCGAGCAGCCCACUAUUGCCGUGCUCGCCCGUUUCCUAGCCGCUGUACAGUCCGGAGAAGCCCUUCCAGAUUCUCAGCCGAUCCCUGAACAGAUGCGUGCACUCAUCUCACAAUUCAGCCACUUUGAACCCCACGUUCCACAUCCCAAUGACCUUCCCGGUCGUUAUGUCGUAACCUACAAGCGCCUCCACGACGCCCUCCACGCCCGCCAUCUUUAUACACCUCUCUCAUCCUCCUCCAAAGCCAAAUUGAUCGCCCUCCCCGCCCCAGCCCUAUCCCACCCAACUCUGUCCCUCCCGGAAGAAACCUACAACACCCUUCUCACCGAAACCACAGACAUCAUCCACUGCGCCUGGCCCGUCAACUUCAACCUCCAACUCAGCAGUCUCGCACACGACACUCUCCCCACCCUACACAACCUCCUCACUCUAGCCCUAAAAGCCCAGCGCCCCGAACCCGCCACCUUCAACUUCUGCUCCUCCGUCAGCAGCGUCGUCAACAGCACCGUCUCCCCCAUCCCGGAAUCCCUCCCGGACUCCCUCACCGCCGCGCAAUCCAUGGGCUAUGCGCAGUCCAAGCUCAUCGCAGAACACAUCUGCGCCAACGCCACGCCCUACCUGGAUGCCCGUGUCCUCCGUAUCGGACAAAUCAUCGGCGACACCAAGCACGGGGUAUGGAAUGCCACGGAGGCGAUUCCGCUGAUGCUUAGGGCUGCGGUUACGGUGGGGGCGUUGCCGAGAUUGGAUGAGAGGAUGCGGUGGGUGCCGGUUGAUGUUGUUGCUGGGGCAGUGAUGGAUAUUACGCUUCACCAAGGGGAAAGAGAGGGGAGGAAGAAGGGGGUGGAUGAUGUGGAGGUGUUUAAUAUUCUGAACCCGUACAGGUUCCAUUGGACAGAGGAUCUACUUCCUGCUCUAAGGGCUGCCGGGUUGGAGUUUGAGGAUGUGGAGUUCGGGGAGUGGAUUCGGCGAGUUAGAGAUGUGGCGGAUCCGGAGAGGAAUCCGCCGGUCAAGUUGGUCGGGUUCUGGGAGGGAAAGUAUGGGAGUCAGAAGCCGUUUAGGGGGUUGGAGUUUGUGACGGACAAGGCGAGGGAGAGGGCUGAGGGGUUGAGGGGGCUGAGUGUGGAUGGAUUGGAGGGGGGGUUGGUGGGCAAGAUGGUGGAGUGGUUUAGGGAGGUUGCGUGGGUUUGA